AUGGCAGACUCUUCUCCGCUUCUGCCAAUUCGGCAGCUCAACACCCGCACACCCGACCGUGAGCAGGACACCAUCCCUUGCUCCCCCGGCGCCCUGAUGAGGACCACGCAACCCACGCAAAUCCUGCCCCUCACCUCCUCGCCGAGCAUUGUCGAGGUGCCUGCCUCUUCGCCGUUUCAAAAACCCAAGCUCGGGUCGCGAUUGGCACCCGCGGGCACCCUUUUUCGUCUGCCGCGGCCACAGCCACGGCCCGUGGUGGCGUCUCCAAAGCGCCCCAACCCGAACACUAUUUCGCUGCUCUCGGACGACGACGAGGACAGCCUGCAGCCCCCAAGAGGCGACAUUAGACCGACAGAUUUCAAAGCGCACGUAUCCUCUUUUGCUUAUAAGCCAAGAAUGGACGAUGAAUCGCAACGAAUGAAGCUGAAACAGGUAUUCGAUGUUCUGGGUAGCAAGGUUACGCCGGAGCAGGCUCGCGAGGCGUUGCGCGCCUGUGACAACGAUGUGGAGGAGGCGAUACAGCACCUCGAGGAUCAAACCCGGAGGAAGAAGAGGCGGCUUGUGCAAGGGCGACGGCCUAGCUUGGUGUCACCCAAAAAGUCCUCACCACCUCCAGCACUGUCCUCGCCACCAAAGCCACCACCCCCUGAAGAGGUCAUUCUAAUAGAGGACGACGCGGAUGACUACGAAGAGGAGGCUGAGGCCUCAAGCGACGAAGACGAUCAAGUUUUGGAAUCAAUCAACAAGAGCACGCUGCAGGAACUUGCUGCCAUGACUGGCAUGAAGGAAAACUUGCUGGAACCAAUCAUUGAGCACCGGCCCUUUGCUGAUUUAUACGCUGCGCGAAAACUCACUGUCAAGAAACCAGGGUCUCGAAAGGGUGGCCGGAUCAGCAUCGGUGAGACUGUCGUCGACAGCGUGCAAGUCUUUUUGAAUGCCGUCACAGCGAUUGACGAGGUUGUUGCUACGUGCGAGGCCAAGGGCCGCACCGUCAAGAACGUGAUAGAUACCUGGGAUCUGGACAACUUCGGCCACUCGAAGAGCAGGAAAACUCCCGAUAAUGGGGCGCCUCUGACACCUAACAGCAUAUCAAGCUUCGUGCCGCCGCUUGUGCCACAACAACCUUCUCUCAUGAAUGGUCACUGCCGCAUGAAGCCGUUUCAACUAUUUGGGCUCAACUGGAUGACUCUUCUCUACAACUACGGUAUUGGCAGCAUUCUUGCUGACGAAAUGGGCCUCGGAAAGACUUGUCAGGUCAUUUCGUUUAUUUGUCACCUCGUUGAGUCGGCAGAUGGUGCGCGGCCCUGGCCGAAUCUUGUUGUCGUGCCGCCUAGCACAUACAACAACUGGCUGGGCGAAUUUGAAAAGUUUGCUCCCGGGCUGUCCGUUAUUGGAUAUCGCGGAUCGCAGUCGGAGCGUGCUGAAAUCGCGUAUCAAAUUGAGCAAGAUCUCGAGGCGUAUCAUGUUGUGCUCGCCACGUACUCGCAAAUCAACUCCGAGGCCGAUCUCGAAGCUAUGCAAUCGUUUCGCUUAAAUGCCGCCAUCUUUGACGAGGGACACAAAAUGAAGAACCCGGAAACAAAAGUAUACAAGGACUUGCGCCGCAUACCCGCAGACUGGAAGAUGCUACUCACGGGCACGCCUGUGCAAAACAACUUGCUUGAAAUGACGUCGCUUCUCAACUUUAUCAACCCGCAAAUGUUUGACGGGUACAUGCAACACAUCCAAUACAUUUUCAGCCAAAAGGUCACCAUCCGCGAUGUUUCCAAUGGCGCAUUUCUCUACACCGAGCGAGUCAAGCGUGCUCGCACGAUUCUGGAACCAUUCAUCCUCCAGCGUCGCAAAGACCAGGUUCUGUCAGACUUGCCACGCAAGAUCUGCAGCGUGGUGCACUGCGACAUGACGGAGGACCAGAAACCAACAUAUGCCGAGUAUGAGGAGCUAUUCAAGACUGCCCCAUCGCAACGCAAAUCGAGCGGUCGUCAGAACGACCAGAACAACGUGUGGAUGCAGCUGCGCAAGGCUGCCCUCCAUCCGCUGCUCUUCCGCCGCCACUUUACAGAUGAAAUCGUCACAAAGAUGGCCAAGAUACUGAUGGACCGCAUUCCUCAGUCAGAGCUGCACCAACCUGACAUUAAACACUUAAUUCAAGAGUUGAAGAACUCUUCCGAUUUUGAGCUGCAUCUUUGGUGUCGCGACUACAAAUUCCUCGAAGAGUUCGAUAUUCUUCCGUCGUCGAUGCUCAACAGCGGCAAAGUGAAGAAGCUUCUGCAGCUCAUCCGGCAGUACCAAGCCAACGGCGACCGCGUGCUGGUCUUUUCCAAGUUUUCGCGCCUCAUCGAGCUGCUGCUGGAAGUGCUCGCGAACCACGGCAUUGACCACUGCGUGCUCACGGGCAGCACCAGCGUGUCUGAGCGCCAGGACCUCAUUGACAAGUUCAACGGCGACCCGGAGAUUCCCGUGUUCCUGCUCACGACGGGUGCGGGCGGCACGGGCAUCAACCUGACGUCGGCCAACAAGAUUGUCAUCUUUGACCAGUCGGACAAUCCGCAGGACGACAUCCAGGCGGAGAACCGCGCGCACCGCCUCGGCCAGACGCGCGACGUCGAGGUGCUGCGGCUGAUUGCGAGGGACACCAUCGAGGAGCUCAUCUACAAGGCGUGCCAGAAGAAGAUUGAGCUGGCGAAUAAGGUGACGGGCGUCGACGGCGGGGAGGAGGCGGCCGGCGCCGGCGCCAACUUGGAGACGGAGGUGCGCAGGAUGAUGAAGGAGCAAAAGUAG